AUGCCAUCAUAUCAGAGCACAUGUUCAAGCCCUAAUGUGAACCUCUUAUCCUGUGCAUCUUGGUGUCUUCUGUUGAGUAGGGUUGGGGAUGAUUUUAUGGUUUACCUACUAAAGAAUACAUCAAUAUUUUUGCCAGCUUCCCAUGGAAAACACUACCAGGUGGGAGGUCCUCCAAUCAGCCGUCUAUGCUUUGAUAUGUUGAAGAAGUGUUCAUCAAAAUUUGACCAUCAGCAUUCUUCACUUUAUAAAUGUGAAGCACGAAAGAGAAAAAGAUUUGCUGACGUUGAUGACACAACAUUACAAAAACAAAAGCGCCGUAUUUCUUGCAAUGCUGAUGACCCCGUUGGCUUUGCAAGUAAUCUAGGUUUGACGGAUGAGCUCUCAAUGCAAUUAAAUAGGUAUCAUGAGAGCAGGAGCUAUGGUGCCAGUGCCUCUGAAGCUCCUAAGUCUACUAGAGCUGCUACUGUUAUAAAGAAGUCAGAGUCAGAAGGGAAACCAGACUUGAACUGUGUUACAACUAGGACUGGGAAGCGAUCUAGGCCAUGUAGUUGGAAGAGGCGUAAAUGCAAAAAAGCAGAAGCAAUCAACUGCUGA